AUGCAGGUAUGCCCGCGUUUUCAGACCCACCUCACUAUUCCUGACGCCAAGCCUACGACUCCUCCUUGCUCCCCCUCGUUAACAAUUACGGCAAAUACUCUCAAUACUAGUGCGGCAAAACCCAUCAUUAUCAGACGUAGUGUCGCUAUCCGACCCAGCUUCAACUGGUUCCUCAUGUUAACACUGCUCUAUGCCUCGACAAUGGUCGGGCUCGGCUUUACUUUUCCAGAAGAUCGAAGACUCUGCAGUUCAUGUUCCCGCUUGUUCACCAUUUUUGAAGGGAGCAGUAAUUGUCGGAUGGCCUGA